UUUAGUGAGCAUUCCUUAUAACUGGCAAUGAAAUAACCGCGUCGUCGGAACGAAACCUCGGGUGCUGCCAGCAAUCGGGGGAGAGAAGAGAAUAGCAGAGACAAGUGAAGGGAAGGCAAAAAGGAAAAUAAAAGAAAGGGGUAACGGGGAGGGGAUGGUGGUUCGGAAGGUGGGGAAGUAUGAGGUGGGGCGGACGAUCGGGCAAGGCACUUUCGCCAAGGUGAAGUUCGCGCAGAACACGGAGACCGGCGAGAGCGUCGCCAUGAAAGUCCUCGACCGUGCCACCAUCAUCAAACACAAGAUGGUCGACCAGAUUAAGAGGGAAAUCUUCAUAAUGAAGCUCGUGAGACAUCCCCAUGUCGUUCGUCUUUAUGAGGUUUUGGCAAGUCGGACAAAGAUUUAUAUAAUCUUGGAAUUCAUUACCGGUGGUGAACUUUUUGAUAAAAUCGUUCAUCGUGGAAAACUUAGUGAAGCUGAUUCACGUAGGUACUUUCAGCAACUCAUUGAUGGGGUAGACUAUUGCCAUAGUAAGGGAGUCUACCAUCGAGAUUUGAAGCCUGAAAAUCUCCUACUCGAUUCACAAGGAAAUCUGAAAAUUUCAGACUUUGGUCUUAGUGCUGUGCCUGCAGAGGGAGUUAGCCUUCUGCAUACUACAUGUGGAACUCCAAACUAUGUGGCACCGGAGGUACUUAGUCACAAGGGUUAUGAUGGUGCCAUUGCAGAUAUCUGGUCAUGUGGAGUUAUUCUUUAUGUUUUAAUGGCGGGAUAUCUUCCAUUUGAUGAGGUUGAUUUAACUACCCUUUACACCAAGAUUGAGAAAGCAGAAUUUUCUUGCCCAUCUUGGUUUUCUGGUGGUGCAAAAUCCCUGAUUCAUAGAAUUCUAGACCCCAACCCUGCUUCUCGUAUUAGAAUAGAAGAAAUCAGAUGCAAUGAAUGGUUCAGGAAGAAUUAUGUGCCCGUUAGACCAGUUGAAAAUGAGGAUGUUAACCUUGAUGAUGUAUAUGCUGUUUUUGACGAUCCUGAGCAGGCAAGCGAGCAAUCGAGGAAUGAGGGAUUGGGUCCUUUAAUUCUAAAUGCAUUUGAUCUAAUUAUCCUCUCCCAAGGGCUAAACCUUUCAGCAUUGUUUGACAGGAGACAGGAGUAUGUCAGACAGCAAACCCGCUUUCUAUCACGCAAACCAGCAAAAGUUGUCUUAUCCAGUAUGGAAGUUGUUGCACAGUCAAUGGGCUUUAAGACUCAUAUUCGUAAUUAUAAGAUGAGGAUAGAGGGCCUGUCUGCAGACAAAACUGCUCAUCUUUCUGUCAUGCUGGAAAUCUUUGAAGUUGCUCCAUCAUUUCUCAUGGUGGAAAUUCAAAGAGCAGCAGGAGAUGGAGCAGAAUAUGUCACGUUCAACAAGAACUUCUGCAGCAAACUUGAAGAGAUCAUUUGGAGGCCGCCUGUGGAGAAGAGUAAAUCACGGAUCACCAGGAUGUCAAAGCGCUGAAAUCACCUCUCUUCAGAUGUUGUUGCAGAAGGCUUGAUGCUGCGAUAUCAUAUUCUCUAUUAUUAUGGGAUCAAGAAUCUAUCUAUAUUGAUUUUUCAUAAGGAUUCUGUGACUUCAUCUUCUACUACAGACUGCACAGUAGUAUCCCCUUGUGUAUUCAAUGUACUAUCCACUGACAAGGAUUUUGUACGGCUCAGGAUGAGUGGCAGGUCAAGUUUCUUGACACCCUCAUGUGAGCGGACCGCCAAGAGAGAGUUUGUCUGUAGCUACCACCAAGGUCUUGCUGAUGCUCAACAUAUGGUUAUACCAUUAACAGACUCGCCCACUUACUGUUUUAUUGUAUAUGUUAAUCAGGUUGCCUGCUGGUAAUAGCAUGUCUUUGCCACAUCUAUGCCAUCAACAAGGGCGCUCUGAUAUGGAUGUCCUCAGAUGGUAAUUAACUAGACAAAAUUGUUGUAUUAAACAUGUGUGCGUGCUUGCGCCUGCACAUUUACAUGCUCCUGUGUGUGCAGGAGGGCAGGAACAAGUGUGUGUGCAUUGUUCUUAUUUUCUGCCAAUAAAGCGGGGAGAAGUAGACAUCGUUCCGUCUACGUGACCCAGGUUUCUCUUU